CGGAGGACAUCCCGCUGGGGUCGGCGUGGUGGCUCGUGUACGCCGGGAUAUCGUGCGUGCUGGUGCUCUUCGCCGGCAUCAUGUCCGGUCUCACCCUCGGCCUCAUGUCCCUCGGCCUCGUCGAGCUCGAGAUCCUCCAGCGCAGCGGCUCCCCCACCGAGAAGACCCAGGCCGCUACCAUUCUUCCGGUCGUUCAAAAGCAGCACCAAUUGCUCGUAACUUUGUUGUUGUGUAAUGCUGCUGCAAUGGAGGCGCUUCCUAUCUUCCUUGAUAAGAUAUUUCAUCCUGUCGUUGCUGUUAUCUUGUCUGUAACAUUUGUUCUAGCUUUUGGAGAGGUUAUCCCACAGGCCAUAUGUACAAGAUAUGGAUUGGCUGUGGGUGCUAAUUUUGUUUGGCUUGUGCGUAUUUUGAUGGUUGUAUGCUGUCCUAUAGCUUAUCCUAUUGGGAAGAUUUUAGACUGGGCGCUUGGGCACAACGAAUCUGCACUUUUUAGGCGAGCUCAACUAAAAGCUCUUGUUUCUAUCCAUGGCAAAGAGGCUGGGAAGGGUGGGGAGCUUACCCAUGACGAGACUACGAUUAUAAGUGGAGCAUUAGAUUUGACUGAAAAGACUGCUGAAGAGGCUAUGACCCCUAUCGAGUCUACAUUCUCAUUAGAUGUCGACUCAAAGUUAGACUGGGAAGCAAUUGGCAAGAUUCUCGCGCGAGGCCACAGCCGCGUUCCUGUUUAUUCAGGGAACCCUAAGAACAUCAUUGGACUUUUACUGGUGAAGAGUCUUCUGACAGUUCGUGCUGAGACGGAGACGCCAGUCAGUGCUGUUUCUAUAAGAAGAAUUCCGAGGGUCCCUGCAGAUAUGCCUUUGUAUGAUAUACUGAACGAGUUUCAAAAAGGAAGCAGCCAUAUGGCUGCUGUUGUUAAGUCCAAGGCUAAAGCUAAAGUUGUGUCACCAGCUGCUGACGUAGAACAAGCCGAAGCAAUCAACGGACCUUCCGGAGAGCCGGGAUUGAUGACUCCUUUGCUAUCCAAAGAAGAGGAAAAGUCUGAUAGUGUCGUUGUUGACAUUGAUAAGUGGCAAAACAAACAGGCUAACGGAAACAAACCAGUCCAUGUACAUAAGAAUGAUGCAGUGUCAAAUGUGGUAGCUCGUUUAUCAGAGGAUAUUGAAGAUGGGGAGGUCAUUGGCAUCAUCACCCUUGAGGAUGUUUUUGAAGAACUCUUACAAGAGGAGAUAGUAGACGAAACGGAUGAGUAUGUUGAUGUUCACAAAAGGAUAAGAGUAGCUGCUGCUGCCGCCGCUUCCUCAGUCGCACGGGCUCCAUCAGCUCGGAGGUUAACUGGUCAAAAAGGAACAGGAGCUCAAAAUCGGCAAGGGCAGCAGCCUACAGGAAUCCUAAAGAAACCCACCGAAGGUGAUUCGAACACGCCCAAACACCAAGUAAAUGUUGUGGAACCUGCACAGGGAACCAAGAGAUAGAUAUCAUUUGUUGAAGGGGACUCGAGAAGUAACAAAGUAACAAGCAAGUUGCACAAAUUCGCAUGUUUUUGUGGGUGUUCUUAUAUUAUUUUUGUAACCAUAUGAGGUAGAUUCCGUAAUGCGCCCUUUAAUGUGAAGUGCCGCCAGUAUUUUAUAACUUCAACUGCUAGUAGAAGGCGUGAACUCCCAUUUAUAUGUAGCAUGCCUGGUCUUUUUGUAAUAUUCUGAUUUCGGGGCGCUUUGUUUAGUGGUUGCUUUUAAAUUUUUGUUAUCAUGGUUUGCACAGCAAAUGGUGGUUUUGAAAGAGUUGCGGAACGUGUUUAAAUUGUUGUCAUCAUGGUUUUGCAUAGCAAACGGCGGCUUUGAAAAGAGGAAUUGUCGAAACGGAUCGAAGGGGACAAGCAGAAUCAGUGGCAUGAAAUAGUGCAACCUGCUAAUGAAGAGCUGAAGAUGAAGAAUGAUAGAUAGCUCUAAGAUCUUGAUUCAUACCCUUUUUGGUGAUUUAUGUUUAUGAAAUUUAUUGAGGACCUGUAUGUAAAAGAAUGAAAUUGUCUGAUGUAGGUUUAAUUUUAUCAAAUUUCAAACUGUAUGUGGCCAUCGAGGAUCAA